UAUAUAUCCUGACCAGUCAUGCGUUCCCACCUGCGACAUUAAAUAUUACUAUUUGGAAGGAGAGAAAAAAAAAAAAAAAUUUCCCCCCACCUAGCCUUAAUUAGCCUUGUUCUUCCCCGCUCUUAUCUCUGAUCACACUCUGCAUCUUCUUCCCCUUUCAGCUCCUCAUCCAAAAAUCCUCAAAAAAAUUCUCAGCCCGGCUGCAUGUCUAAAUUAACCUCUCCCUCUCUCUUCUUCUUCUUCUCUCUGUUGUUGAUGCUGCUGCUGCUGCUGCUGCUAUGUUCAUUUCAGCUGGGGGAGGCAAAAGUGUGCCCCCCGUGCGGCUCGACCCCCGUGCCGUUUCCACUGAGCACGUCCGUGGGCUGCGGGGAUCAGUCGUACAAGAUCCGGUGCGUCGGCGGCAACAGCAGCAGCGGCGGCGGCGGCGGCGGGGGGUCUGCUCCGUCGACACCGACGCUGUUCUUCGAUGCGCUGAACGGGUCCUCGUACCCGAUCACGUCCAUCCGCGCGUCGGCGCAGCGGCUGGUGAUCGCCCCGGCGCCCUUCGCGUCCCCGGCGUCCUGCGUGUCCACGGACCUGAACGACAGCGGGCUGCAGCUGAACCCGUCGCUCCCCUUCAACGUGACGAGCAGCAACACCAUCAUGCUCCUCAACUGCUCCGCGCAGCUGCUGCUCUCCCCGCUCAACUGCUCCUCCAACUCCCUCUGCCACGUCUACGCCAACGCCACCGGCUCCGCCGCCGCCGCCUGCCGCAACUCCCCCAUCUGCUGCACCUUCGUCGCCGGCGGCUCCUCCACCUCCUACUCCGUGCGCGUCACCUCCCAGUUCUGCUCCGGCUACCGCAGCUUCGUCGACCUCGACCCCUCCCAGCCGGUCGCCAGGUGGGGGGCGAGUUCCGGGGUGGAGCUGCAGUGGGCGUCGCCGAGGGAGCCGAUAUGCAGCUCGCAGGCGGACUGCGAGGACGGCGCCAACGCCACCUGCGCCGCUGACCCUACAUCAAAUGUCAAGCGAUGCUUCUGCGUCGCGGGGCUCGUCUGGAGCCCAUUUGUCGGCUCAUGCGUACACAAUAUCACGGAUUGCGCGAGUACAGGAGACUGCGGUGGGUCGACAAAUCACGGGCCUCUAAUUGCAGGGCUGGUAUCGGGUCUGAGCGUGGCGCUGCUAGCGGCGGCAGCGGCAUUGUUCCUAUACCGGCGGCAGCGGCGCAUCCGGCGCGCCCGGGAGCGCCUGACGAAGGAGCGCGAGGAGAUCCUCAACGCCAACAACACGAGUGGCCGCUCCACCAAGAACUUCACGGGCCGCGAGCUCAAGAAGGCGACCGCCAACUUCUCCCACGAGAACCUCCUCGGCUCCGGUGGCUACGGCGAGGUCUAUAAGGGCGUGCUCGACGACGGCACCAUCGUUGCGGUCAAGUGCGCCAAGCUCGGCAACACCAAGUCCACCGACCAGGUGCUCAACGAAGUGCGCAUCUUAUCGCAGGUCAACCACCGCAGCCUCGUGCGUCUGCUCGGCUGCUGCGUCGACCUUGACCAGCCGCUGAUGGUAUACGAAUUCAUUCCCAACGGCACCCUCGCCGACCACCUCCACGGCCUACGCCCGCCCCUCGUAUGGCGCCGCCGCCUUGCGAUUGCGCACCAGACUGCAGAGGGCCUCGCGUACCUGCACUCCUCCGCCGUGCCGCCAAUUUACCACCGUGACGUCAAAUCAAGCAACAUCCUCCUCGACGACAAGCUCAUCGCCAAGGUGUCCGACUUCGGCCUCUCGCGGCUCGCCGAGUCCGACCUCAGCCACAUCUCUACGUGCGCGCAGGGCACGCUCGGGUACCUGGACCCGGAGUACUACCGGAAUUACCAGCUCACCGAUAAGAGCGACGUGUACAGCUUCGGGGUGGUGUUGCUGGAGCUUCUGACGUCGCAGAAGGCAAUAGAUUUCAACCGGGAGCCAGACGACGUGAACUUGGCGGUGUUCGUGCAGCGGAAGGUGGAGGACGAGCGGCUGAUGGACGUGGUGGACGGGGCGAUGAAGGAGGGGGCGAGUGCGGUGGAGCUGGACACGAUGAAAGCGGUGGGGUUCCUCGCUAUGGGGUGCUUGGAGGAGCGGCGGCAGAACCGGCCGUCGAUGAAGGAGGUGACGGAGGAGAUUGAGUACAUCAUGAGCAUCGAGGCCGGUGGCGGCGGCGGCAGCAGCAGCGUGGAGCAGCAGCACAGUGCCUGAGGCUUGCUAUUGGAAAAGCUGUAUUUGUGGCAAAGGCCAUUGAAGAGGUUUCAUCACCAAACGUGAUCAGUCUCUCUAUCCACCAAUACCAAGAGAACUCCCACAGUACCUCUCACAAAACCAACCAUUUACUGUUGCUUUUCGUCGUCGUAGCCAUUUUGAUUUAUUGUAGAUGGGAUCCUUGGGAUCUCCGGGGAGAGCCCACCGCAGAAGAAGAAGAAGGAGGAUCACAAAUUAUGAAGUAAACACAUAUAUUAUGAGUAGGAUGCGUACAUGAGAUGAAGAAUACUACGUGUAAUUGAUUAUGUAGUUUGCACGAGGGUCUUUAUCUUUUUUACGUAAAAGGCCAUACUUUGUUUUUUUUUUUUUUUUUUAAUUUCCCUUCCUCCGAGAGGAUCAUUUUGUGUCAUCUUAUCCGUUAUAAACAUGGGUUCU